AUGGCACUCGAGUCUUCUGCUGGGCAUCUGGCGGUGAAAUCAACUACGGGUACUCAGAUUGUGGUGGUGAAAGUAGAUGGGGAAGGCCACAGUGAACUCAAUGUUGUGGGGAACAACGCUCUACCGGAAUAUAUGAUCGUUGAUCAAGUCGAUGGAGAUGUGGAGAUGUACGAAGUGCUGUUGAACGGUCGGACGUCCAAACGAUUUAUUGACUUGCAAAACAGCGAGAAAGCACUCGCGACUGAGGUCCGGAUGCGCCUUGUGGAAUUUGGUAAGCUUCAUGAAGAACGCCGUAACAUCCAACAUGAACUUGGAUACCUAAUGAUGAUGAAAGCUAAAUACGGACCAGGAGGGUGGAAAUUACCAAUGCCUGGUCCUGUUGGGUCUGGUCCACCGCCACCGCCCUCGGUACCUCCCCCCGCCUCCUGGGCCUCCUUGUCGCACACUCCGCAACAUGUUAUAAUGGUCAGAAUAUGGCGCAUAAUAUUUCGUCACGCUCAGGACCGAAAGGAAGAUUCCCAGAUUUCGCACCAUAGACAACAAGUUCAGUGGCUUAGCGGUAAGAUGCAGGGAUUUGAGAUGUUCCUGAUAUGGGUAAGGCUUGGACUGAUAUCGCCACACACAAGAGCAGGCCUGCCAUGA